GCGCGAUGGGCGGUCCCGCCGCGCCGCUCGCGCUCGCGUCGUCGCUCCCGCUCCGCUCGAAAACGGCGUUCACCACGCGUGCGGGGUCGCAUGGGAAGCGUUCUCAUCAGUCUCGCGGAACCCUCCUCGUCCGCGCCGCGGGCGCCUUCACGAAGCUCAUCGAGAUCCCCGUCGCGCGCGGCGUCGCCAGGGCGCUCAUGGUCCCCGCGCGCCGAUUCAUGGACGGCGCGGACGCGGCCGGGACCGUCCUCGACGCGAUCGACGUCCGCGUCCCGGACGCGGACGCGCGCCUCCCGCUCGAGCUCGCGCCUCUGAUCCCGCUGAGCGGCUACGACGUCGGCGAGGUGCCGUUCGUGAUGCAAGCUGUGAUGUACUACCGCGACACGCUCGACGUCGGCGUCCUCGAGCGCGCGCUGCGCGACGCGCUCGCGGCGUACCCGCUCCUCGCCGGGCGCUUGGACCUCUCCGACGUCGACGCGUCGAGGAAAGGGGUGCGGCUCACGAACGACGGCGUGCCGCUGCGGGUGGUGCGAUCGGAGCUCAACUUUGACGCGCUCCCGGGCGAUUUCGCCGCCGAAUCUAGGGCGUUUCUGGACUACGAGCCGUGGAUCGACGUCAUGCUCGGCGGCGCGCCGGUGUUCACCGCCAAGGUGACGCAGCUUCGGAACGGUGGAAGCGCGCUGGGGGUGUGCAUGUCGCACGCGGUGAGCGACGGGCAGGGGUUCGUGGAGUUUCUCGUGGCGUGGAGUUUACGCGCCGCGGGGAGAGCGCACCCGCUCGGGGACCCGGUGUUCGACCGCGCGCUGCUGCCCGCGCUGGACCGCGACAUCACGCGCGAUGAGGUGCUCGACAUGCUCGCGGAGGAGAAGUGGGAGAGCAGAGACCCGGUGAUGAUGCUCGGGAAAGCCGUCGUCGCCGGUCGGACGCUCGUGCCGGACUUUCUGCGUUUUCCACCCGGCAACCGCGUCAUGAUCCCGGUGCGACGCGCCGAGCUGGACGCCAUCCGCGCCGCCGCGGGCGGCGACGGCGUCACCGCGAACGAGGCCCUGUCCGCGCACGCGUGGCUCCAGCUGUCGCAGAUCGUCGGCGCGGACGGCGGCGCGGCGAUCGGCGACGUGCUCGAGCACGUCACCGUGGUGUCCGGUCGCGGGGGCAAACGCGGUCUGCCGGAGAUGUACUUCGGGAACGCGUCCGUGGGGGUGAAGACGGGCGCGCUCGAGGUGGGCGCGUUCGCGUCGGACGACCUCGCCGGCGUGAGGGACGCGCUGCGGCCGGGGCUGCGGCGGGCGCUGAUGCGGAGAGAGAAGUUUCUGAAGCUCACGGAGGCGACGUUUCGCGCCGGCGUCUCCGCGUACGAUUUCGACAUCGACGCGUUCAUGCGCGGGCGGUGCGUGUGGUGCAACAACCUGACGACCAUCUACCUCAAGCUCUACGAGCUCGACUUCGGGACGGGGCGCCCGGAGCUCGCGCUGCCGCCGGAGUUGAACGACAUCGUGCAGAUCCAGUGCUCGCGGCCGAAGAGAGGGACGCGCGAGGCGGGAGAGGACGGCGUCGAGAUGUUCGUGAACUUGCCGCCAAACGUCAUGGAGAAGAUCAGAGCGCCGGAGGCGAUGGCGAAGCUCGCGGGGAUAGGCUGCUACUGAUGAGGAGACGAGGGCGUGUGGGAGGGAAAAAUAACUACUAGUGAGGUAUAAACUUCCAUCACUGUACGAUCGAUGAUAAAACAAACAAAAGGCGUCAACCCGGGGCGUCCUCGUCGAACAGCCACCUGUUGUUCUGCUUGAACAUCUUCUUCUUCACGUCCGCCUUCCUCUGCUUCAGACGCUCCACCUCCUCCCGCGUGAGCUUCGUGUUUUUCGCCUUCUCCCUCCGCCGCUUCAUCGCGCACAUGGCCGCCUCGAGCUGGUUCACGUCCAUGUGAUGAUCCAGCGGCGUCCCCGCGUAGACGCUCCGGCCCGGCCCUCUCCCGAACACCGUGCUCGGUCCCGCGGUGAGGUGCCCGGUGAGCUUGUUGUACGUCGCCUUGGACUCGUACCCGUCCCCGGCCCAGUCGCCGUCGAUCCCGAGCGAAACCGCGUGACGCUGGGCCUGCAUCUUGUCCAGCAGCGCUCGCGCCAUGUCCGCCGGGUCGACGCCGCCGGACAGGACCGCGUCGCGCUGCGACGCGGGGAGGUUCGCGAUCAGCGCGGCGGCCAUCUGUCGAGAUGACUGGUCGGCGGGCGCGGAGAGCCCCGGGGGUUCGGCGGACGCCGGCGCCUCCGCGACCGCCGCCGUUCCCGCCGCGCCCGCCGCGCCGCCGUCGCCCGCGAGGCUCGCGCGCAUGGACAACACCGUCGAUAUCGCCGCCUCCGCCUGCGUCGCCGUCGCGCGCGGCGGCAGGCGCACG